AGGUUCAUUGAUCCUCUGUUCGCGAUCGGGACUGGCCUGGCUGCCACGGCAUUGAAGAUACAGAGAGAGCAGCGCGAAAAGUAUCCAGAGCAAGACAAUAGUUUCCCGGCGCUUUGGCACAAAGCUCUACGGCUCAACAGGAUUUAUUGGGGUUAUGGUGAUGAGGCCGCGAAAAGGUGA